UUCAGAAGGAACCCUACUGAUUGCCAUGGCGAACACAACACUGCAGGCCCUUGUGAAAGGCGUGUAUGGUAACUCCACCUUGUCUCCCGCUGUUACCACGCCUAUGUAUCCACCUGAAUUCUAUACACUGAAUGUAGUAACUAACUUCCUCAACACAAUCUACAUUUGGGUCAUCUUUGCAGUUGGGUUUCCUGGGAAUGUUCUCAGCGUGAUAGUGAUCAUCAGCAUGUCCAAACAAAGACUGGCCACGUCCUUUCUCUACGUGGCAGUGUUGUCCAUUGUGGACAAUUUGACCAUCAUUUUAAAGAUUAUUGAAAACCAAUCUCGACAGAAGAAGUUGCUCAUCGACGAAACAGGAUGCCAGUUUUUGUAUUUUUUCGGUUUAACAUGUUCAGCAUUUGCAAACUGGAUUCUGAUAAUAAUUUCCGCUGAAAGGUUCACGGCUGUUGCUUUCCCCAUAAAGGUGAGAGUGAUCUGGUCGUUGAAGAAGGCGGUUGGGAUCAUGGUGGGCGUGUUCCUCUUCCUGGGUCUCGUCCACAGUCACAUCUUCGCAACAGUCACCCAUUAUGAAAGCUAUACGUGCACAGUGAAGGUGGCGUUUCACGAGUACCUUUACCCCUUCUGGUACUUCACAAGCGCUACCAUCUAUUCCUUCCUCCCCGCAACCUCGGUCAUCAUCUUCAACAUCCUCAUCAUUGUGUUAUUGAGGAGAUAUUCCAGACAAAGACGUCGUAUCUCGGUGGAUGAGCCUGCCCAAAUAGAGGCCCAGCGGAAGGAACGACAGAUCACCAUCAUGCUCGUCAUCGUCGCUGUCGCGUUCGUCAUCCUCACCAUCCCACGAUGCGUGUGCGUCAUCCUCCACAACAACACGUGUUCUGAUGAGAGAGACUUCAUGUGUUUGGCAAGGAAAGAAUUCUUUGACAGUAUCACUAUCCAAUUGGCAGACACAAACCAUGCCAUAAAUUUCUACCUUUUCUUCUUGUCCGGGAGAAAGUUUCGAGAAGAAUUUCUAAAGCUGUUUAGAUGUCGCCGGGUAACAUACACGGAAGUUUCUAAUGGAAGCACGCAAAUGUCAGAAAUCCCUGUCACUGAAUCAGGAAUGUGAUGGUGGUCGUUGAAACAGGUCGGAAUGAACGUGUUAUAUUUUAGUUGUGAUGUCAACUUAGAUCCACAGUAUAUGCAGUGAAAAUCCAUCUGUCAUGACGAUCACUGUGAAGACCAUCUGAAACAGAGAAAGUUCGACAGUACCAACCCCGUUAAUCCAGAUACCCCACUUUUCAGUCGAUCUCUGGUCGGAAUGCAUGUACACAAGGAGACUUUACCCUCCGGAUACAAGGAAAUAUUGGUCAAUCCGAACAACUCCUUUGGGACCACUGUCAAACCUCAACCACUAAGGUUCGAACUGCAACGUGCAGUUGUUUUUGAAGUCAUGUGACGUCGCUGUAAACUGCGUGUAUUAGCACUUUAUCAGUAUGGAUGUACUCCUCGUGUCCAGAACACUGACCCUCAUCACCCCAAAAUGUUCAUCUGUGCUCCAUUUAACAGAAAACUGACUUCAGAGGUGUACUACCAAGAGCCCGUAUAUCAUAUCGCACCACCUCUAUGAUAACUAUCCUGUGACAAGUUACCCCUGCAGUUUUUGACCGGUGUAUAAGUACCAUAUUAACAUCUCACAUUAUUCUCGCCAGUGACAGGAAUUAUCUGCAAGCUAUUUCUAUAGUGUUGGACCUAGUGAAUCUGUACAAGCUGCAACUGCUAGCAUACAAGACAGACAUAAUACCCAGGAUAACCGGCUCCAUCACUGUCAGGCAUAUUACCUCCACA